AUGUCAGACGUAGAGGCAGGCCGGAGGAGGAGCAGGCGGCAAACCAUCCUGGCCGCUAGCGCCAUCGGUGCCUGCUCCGUCACUGCUGGCAGUAUCUUGUGAGUGAGCUUUUGCGUAUGCAUACGUCUGUGACGGCUUCCGUAGUGCUGAGCUGACAUACACCUCUUCUUGACCGUCGCUCUACAGCUGCUUCCCGCUUUUCGCUCCCAAUCUCACACGCGACCUGGGUCUUUCUUUGACCCAGACAAACGCGAUAUGGGCCGGCGCGGUCCUUGGGGAGUACAUCACGGCGGGACCUUGGGGCGCCUUGGCGGAUGCCAGGGGUCCUAGGCCUCUUUGCAUCUCUGCUGCUCUGUUGUUCGGCGCAGGAUAUGCUCUCAUGGCCGGCGCGGAUGCCGAAGCGCUUAGAGCCAGAAUGAAUGCGACGGAAGGGGCUGCCAUCUUGCAGUCCGCUCUGGCAAGAGACGAGACAAAGGCGGCUCAGGCUGCGGGACUGAUGAUGGGCUACUUUUUGCUUGUGGGCGCCGGCGUUGCUGCCAGGUGAGUGGUGUUACUUGGGUCACAGCGGAGGUGGUAGCAUUGCCUUUUGAAGUGACAACGAAGUAUAGCUCACACGUGCUUUUGCUACGAUGCUCUCUCGAUGCUGCAGCUUCUUUGCAUCCCUGCGAGCUGCGACGCACUAUUUCCCUUCGCAUCCUUCCUUGGCUCUCUCCAUACCCAGCACCCUCUUCAGCCUCUCUUCUCUCUUUCUUACCCAAUUGGCGGAUCUGCCAGUAUUCAAAGAUGCUUCAACCGGCGAUCUGUCCGCGCCUAGCUUUCUCGGCUUCUUGGGAGCCCUGCUGGCGGUAGUCAACGUGUUCGGAGCCUUCGCAUUCGGGAGACACCGCAGCCUGGUCUCACAGCAAAAGGAGGAGGAAGCGCGUCAAGCCGUAGAGAGAGGCAGUGCUUCACAGCAAAGUAGUCAUCAGACGGGUCACCCUUUGCCCGGCUCGGAAACGGUGCCAGCAGGCAUUGCGCCUCCGACGAGUCUGCCAGUGCCCGAGCAACCGUCGGAAGCCACCCCACUACUGCGAGGCGAUGUUGAAAGCGACUGCAAUGCUCCAGUGACGCCUGAAUCUCUUCCUCUAGUAUCGUCGUCGCCAUCCUUUCGCGCGUACUUGCGUUCGCCAGCGUUUUGGAGCCUUACUUUGCUGCUCUUCGCAGCGGCUGGAGGUGCAGAGAUGGUCAUGUCCAGCGUAGGAAGCAUGGUGGUUAGCCUCUUGGCGGUGCACGCCACCGAUGCUUCCCAGAUCGGCAAAGAAGAGCUCAAAGUGCGCACAAGACUCGUUGGUGUGCUGGGUGAGUGUUUUGGCUAAUCUUUUCGUCCGAUGAUGCCGACUGUUGGCGGCGAAUCUGGCGAGGACUGCAUGCUAACAGACUUCGCCCUCCAUCAGCCACCACCAACACAAUAUCUCGCUUGCUUGCAGGUCUGGCCUCGGACGCCUUAGAUCCUACUCGUCCAGCCGUAUCGAGCACCGCUCAAGUUAUAAGGGCCCAGUCGCCGAUCAGACGUGCCCUGUACCGCCUAUAUCAAAUUCGAAUCUCUCGAGUCACUAUGUUAAUGGCGGGUCAAAGCAUCCUGCUGCUCUCCUUCGUCUAUGCCGCCAGCGCUCUCGACUCCAUCGCCGGUCUCUCAGCACUGUGCUCGGCCGUCGGAGCCGGCUACGGGAUGCUCUUCACCCUCAUACCUUCCGUCAUCCUAAUCGCGUGGGGACAACAGCAUUUUGGAAGGAAUUGGGGAAGCAUGACGUACGCUGCUGCGGCUGGCAGUCUCGGCUUUAGCAUCCUCUUUGCUCAAGUCAGCGACAGUGUCGCCCAACGCACUCAGAAUCAGGCGAAUACAGCGUUGCACAGCUUUGGUGCAGAGGCGAUAAAGCUGGGUGCGGCAAGAGCCUUCACUGCAGGUCUUGCGAAGCCGAGCUUUGGAGACGCUUGCUUGAUGGCCCAUAGUGUGCUUGUGCAAGCACUCUUCUCGUCUCAAGGUGGAAGUGCAGAAAGUACAGCUGGGCUGCUCGGAACACGCACGCCCGCAAUCGAUAGUGUAGCAGUGUUGACUCAAGAUUCGCUACCAGCCGACAAGUUGUGCCUGGUGGGGAGAGCGUGCUUUGGCCUCAGCUUUGUGGCUACUAGUACCGUCAGCCUCGUCGCGCUCAUAGGCAUCUUACCCUUGUGGUAUAGGUGGAGAAGACGCUUGUAA